GACUGAGAACUGUUCAGGUAAUUUGGGGAGCUCAAACGCCUAAACUGGCAUGAAUUCUCUUGUACGUUCACAGAAUUUUUGUUUUCCACUGAGCUCUCUGCCAGACGAUGUGGUUUAUUGUCUCGGGCAAUACCUCAGUCCGCGCGAAAUGGAAAUCAUGGCUCAACUGAACCGACAUUUCCGGGAAUUCUUCAACUCUCCUCAUCUUUGGAAAGAUGUCAAAUUAAAGAUACGACUUCGCGGUAAACAGAUUGCCUCCGAUGCUAUAGAGAUCCUUAAAGUAAGAGGUAUUAGAAGCCUGGAAAUCUCUUUUUUAAACGCUCCUUUUUUAAACCCUCCCGAAAUAAUACAGCCAUUUCUAUGUCCUCGUCUUGAGGAACUUAGCUUUCCAUUGACGUCACAGCGUUCCCUCGAAGCUCUUUAUAAAGCUGCUUCCGAGGGAAAACUUAAGCCUAGGAAGCUUGCAUUUGGAAGAGUGGAUGUAUAUGGCAAGUUAAAACCGACCUUUGAGGAAGUGUUCAAAAGCCUGCCCUCAGUUGAAGAAGUGAGCUUUGACAGCGUGGAUUUGAAUGAUAUAACAUGCACAAAUCCACUGGCAUUUGAUGUGCAGAAGGCAUUAUGCAGCAAUGGGAAGUUGACAAGCAUCUCACUUCAAUGUCAAGGUGCAAUAGAGUUGUCUUGGCUCAAAGCACUUAUCAGCAGUAAUCCACACCUGCAGAGGUUGUGUUUGAGGUUUCAAAGGCUUGCAGAUGAAGGAGAAUUACAUAAAGUUAAACAAGGUGCUUUUUCUAGCUUGGAGACGCUUGGAUUACAUGUAGGUGGGGAGUGUUACAGAAAUAAAGGAAUCACAUGUAGAAGAUUACCUGUACCGACACCAGUAACCAACCUCAUUCUUGAUUGGGCAUUUCCAAAUAACAAGGUACCAAACAGAAACCUUACAUGCUUGGAUGUAACAUCUCGACCUAGAAUUCCCAUUAUGUUUACACAGCUUCAUAAAUUCCCUGCUUUGAAGAAGCUGAAUUUGACUGGUGCAGUUAUGCCAGACGAGCACUCUCUACAAGAUUUUCCCAAUUUUCAAUCUUUGGAGUGGUUGGAACUAAACAGCUGCCAAUUAGGAAUCAGAGCUGAGCUACACUUUCUGUCCCAAAAAGUAGGAAGGACUCUCUGCUACUUGGGCCUUGGGAAAAUUCCAUCCAUUACCAAUAAUGACUUGCGAGACCUGGCUGUGAUGUUUCCUGUUCUUAGAACCCUUGAUCUGACAGAAUGUUCAAAAAUCACAGAUGCAUUACUUGUGGAAUGGUACAUUAAGCAAAAAAGAAGUGAAUGGCCAAAGUUGAGAAAACUCAUUUUGAAAGGAUGUGAAGAAAUCACUGUGGAUGUUGUAAACUCAGUGCGGUUGAAAACAAGAAAUCAACUUUUGGUCGACUUGUAAAUUAUCUUGCUCUAUAUAAAGAGAGUUUGCAAUUGUGGAAUGUUAUCUUGACCUCUACACCCAAACAGCCGUAUUUCUUUUGUCAAUACUGUUCUCCAUACAUUUCAUGUGGAACUGACUUGGAAAAUUUUUUUAAAAAUCAAUAGCUUCUUGAGUUGGCAGCCAUUUCCUCCUGUAGUGGCUUACACAAGUGAAGCAAAAUUUCAAUGACAACCAUGAGUUUUGUAAAUGAAGACACUAUGAAGCAAGGAUAUAAGCCUUGAAUCAUUUUAUUUAAUGUAGCCAAGGUAUCCAAGUACUUAUCGUAAUAUAACAGUCCAGCUUGUAAGAAUUUAGCCAAAACAAACUUCAAGAUAAGGUGGGGAAAAGACGCGUUUGCAAUAAACAUGUCUUAUCGUUAGCCCACAGCAAGACAACUAACUACGAUGUGGUUCUGGGUGGAACUUAAAGAUCCUGUCCCUAAUGGACUAACAGUAGCGUCAUUAUUGUGGUUUAACACGUUUACACGAAACAAGCUUAUAGUGAAUCAGUAUUCGGUGGCAAAGGCAUGGCAGCCGUUACACCUCUAUUCUCAGGACUUUAAUGUUUGGUUCAGGGAUGAUGCUGUCAAGAAUAAUUAGAAGCUAGCCACUCUUGGGGUUUAGCCUGAAUUUUAACACUUCCACUCCCAUGAGUGACCAAAACAGAACUUCUCCUUACAAUACAGGGCUCGACACUAACGGUACCCACUAGCCACAG